UCAUUUAUAAGGAAUGAGGACACAGUCCCGAUUUGAACGACCCUCUCUCUCGCUCCCAAUUUGAACGACUCUCUCUCUCGCCCUCUCUUUUCUCUCUCCCCGAGGGAGGGAGCGAAAGCGCGGGACGGGCCAUGGGGACGAAAUUGAAGGGUUUAGGAAAUCGAAGUGCGGCGCUUCUCCCUCAACUUUCGCUCUAGUCUCUUCCUCUCCCUCACCUUCUCCCUUCACCGCCAGGUGCGCGGCCGUGAGGCAACGGCUAUCUUUGCCUCUGUUCCUUCAUCUCCCUCCCUGAGUUUUGAAUUCUCAAACCCUACGACCGAUUUCAAGACUCCCCAUCUGGUUUCCCAUGGCGGGAUGGUCUUCCUGCGCGUACCAGUCCCUCAACAACCUACGCGUCAGCGGCUUUCGGUCCAAGGAGAGCUCGGAAUUCAUGGACCAACUGCGGUCCGUGUUCGAUGAGGUGCUUGUUUCUUCGCUGAAAGAAGUCCCAGGUCACGACUCGCGGCCUCUGCCCGCCAUCCUUGGCGAUGGAAGAUCGGUGGACUUGUUCAAGUUGUACUUCACGGUGAAAGAGCGAGGGGGAUACGACUCGAUCCCGAAUAAUGGCUCGUGGGCAUCGAUCGCGCAGGAAUUGGGCUUCGAAUCGCGAUUUGGGGCGCCUUUGAAGUUGGUAUACUUGAAGUACCUAAGUGGUUUGGAUCGGUGGUUCAGGAAAUUGGGCAGCGAUAAUGCGGCUGAUUGCACCGGAGGGGGGCCGGAAUUGGCGUCUGUCGGUUCGGGAAAAGGUGGGUUGGAGGUCUGUAUCGAUCUUGCUGAUGAAGAAAGUGGAUUGGAUUGUGAAACGGGUGACCAGAAGAAGGAAAGUCCACCCGUUAUCUAUGUUGCUAGCGACGAUGGCGAGGGCGACGGGGAUUGCCAAACGAGCCCAUCGAGCGAGCAGGUUUCAUUGCACAAGAGGAAGCAGGAAUCUUUGGUGGGCAUGCUGAAUUGGUUGAAGGUGGUUGCCUUGAGCCCAUGUGAUCCAGACAAAGGGAGGAUAGUGGAAGGGUCCGGCAAGAAAGACGAUCGAGUGGAGGAGUGUUGUACUCGCGUUCUUGUAGCUCGAAAAGUUAUGUUCCGCAGAAGAAAUGAUGAUUUUACGCGUGGUGGUCCUUGUGUGCAGAAAAAGCAAAGAAUACAUCCAUCCAUCUAUGAAGAUAAUAGUGACAGUUUGAACCAUGCUCCAGAAAAAGUAAGAAGCAGCCAACGGCUUGUCUUCCUUAAAAGUCGGUCUCCUCGAACUUGUUCCAUUUCAACUCUGAUGGCUAAGCCCGACUCAGUUAAGCCUUCUUCUCAUGCACGUUCUCCAGAAAGUUGUGAUGGUCCUCCUUCUAAAGAAUUGCCAAGAUCGCGGGUCCCAAUUGGCUCAGAUUUUCAAGCCUCUGUUCCAGAGUGGAGUGGUGUCGCAUCUGAUACUUCUGUGGAUUCAAAAUGGCUUGGAACUCAAACGUGGCCUUAUCCAGGAGCCUGUUGUUCACCAGUAACUGAGGAUGAGAUUGGGAAAGGUAGGCCAGAAUGCUGCACCUGCAUUUCUCCUGGUUCAAUAGGAUGUGUUAAACGUCACAUAUCUGAUGCAAGGCUCAGACUGAGAUAUGAACUUGGCUCUGCAUUCUAUGCCUGGAAGUUUAAUGAAAUGGGUGAAGAUGUUGCCAUUUCUUGGUCGCUAAACGAUGAGCAGAUAUUCAAAACAAUUGUGAGAUUAAAUCCCCUAUCGCUGGAGAAAAAUUUCUGGAAAGAAGCAUAUCUAUGCUUUCCUUCCCGUAGCAAACAGAGUUUAGUUAGCUACUAUUUCAAUGUAUUUGUCCUCAGACGCCGAAGUUUCCAGAGCAGGGUGACCCCCGAUAAUGUAGAUAGUGAUGAUGAUGAAUAUGAGUUUGGUAUGAUAUCUGAUACUUUAGCUCCAAUAAGUGCUGCCACGUCAUCCUUUAAAGCCAGAGUCUGCGUUCAGAAUAUGCAGUGUGACGAUUUUGAGAUGCCAGAUGUGGAUGAGCAGUUUAAAUUGCACCGCGUCAACUAACCAGAAUCUACUUUUUCCUCUUUUUUGAUUGAAUACAAGUAAAUGGCUGUUAAGCUUUUGGAUAUGCCUAUGAAAGGAAUCCAACCCUUGAGCUCAUGAAGUUCAAGGAACAAUCUGCCCCUGUUAGGGGUUUCAUGAGCUUGUACCUCAGAAGUGGGAAAUGAAGUUUUGUUGUUCCACGCAAGGCUGAUUCAUGUGCAGAAUUUUCUGUUUGGGGCAACAAAAAUCCAGAUUUUUGUGGCUACUUCAGGCAUAUGUAUGUGUUGUAUAACUCAUGUGAAUUUCAUCGAUAAGAGGACGCAGCUCAUCAGGAUGAGACGGUUGAGUUUUGAUGCAAGGUGCUCUUGACAUCAAAGCAGGUGGUUGUGUUUAGAGCUAGACUUGUUUUUUUUAUGUUGAUUUCUUCUCACAAGUAGAAAAAUGAUUUUGGAAUCAAAAGAUGUGAGGAAUUUGGUUGACUACAUGUGAGAAAACUGUAUUGUAAUGAUGCUUUGUUUCUUGACUGAGAUUUAUGGCUUCUGCUGCACAAAACUGCGGCGGAAACUGUUUCACAAAAUUCUUGCCCGAGAACACUGCUUUCUUCAAUAUCAUCUCAA